UGCUCCGAGCAAAUGCAGUGGGUUUGCAUUUAUAUUUACUCCUUUUAAACGGUGACGAGUACCCUAGAUAGGGAGAGGCGCAAGGUUUUUGCACUGGAGGGUUUCUUGGGUAUUAAUUUGAUGUUAAUUAACAUACUAGUACGUAUUAAUACGUACUAGUAUCAAAUUAAUAUUAAAUGAAAAUUAAUCCAAAUAUUGACAUCAAGUUAACCCCAAAAUAGUAUAUACAUGACAGAAAAUUUGCAUCAUGUUCACAUUUAAAGUUGUCCAGAAUUCAGUCAUUAUCUAGAACUUGAAGAUACUGAAAAAUUUUCGAAUUUCAGAUUAGAUCAUGAAUAUCAUUCAAAUUGUUGUUCUUGUCACAAAUACUUUAAAUUUAGCAUUAUGAUUUGAGGUGGAUACCCUGCCCACACGCCCAAAAAGUAAGCAAGAAGUGUUGGUUCGGUUUACUUUGGCAAGUCAGCCAAUUAAGAAAGUCAGCAAGCAAGCUUCACACUCGCAAAUUUCUUUGGUGUUCUCUCUAAAUGGUAAACUUUUACUUUGCAGAAAGUCCAUAUACGUAAGUGAGCAGUAGACAUUAUCAAGAAGUUGGCGAACGAGUUAACAUCUGUAAUUAAGUGAUGCUGGGCGGGGAUAUCGUUACAUCACUGAUGAUGCUGAUUAGCAUCGCUCUUCAUACUUCGUCUGGCUUCAAAGGCGCCUACGCCACUACUUUACACGCUACAUUGAUUUUGAUUACGUAUGAAAAGUACCCUCACUAAACGAUAGGGGACAAACGACACUGUUUCUUGGUCAAUUUAGGAACUCCUACUGUUGACUGUUUCUAAAAUUUAAUUAACGGAAAUGUGGAUGCAUUUAGUGCAGAAGGAAGCGUAGACUGAUUAGAAUUUUGUUGGGAAAUACUUAUAUUUAUGACUUGAUUUUCUAUUAAAAAAAUAGCGUUAUGCUCUAAAAAAAUAAUCUUGAAAAUGACAGUUGAGCUGCCAAGAUUCAAGUCAAUAAGUCUCAUCCCAAGUGUAUGGGCACUAGUAGUAAACGAGAAGGAUGAGCUACUAGCAACAUAAAACAUUGCUUCUAGGGAAAAGCAAUGUCGUUGCCAUCUUAUGCUCAUAGUUAUUGCAUGGUCUCUGGUCACUCGGAUCGAAUGCGAUGUGCGUGUGUGUGUGUGUCAAGACAAGAUAUGGAGCACCAAGAAGGAAACGAUGGGUCUUCUUUUGGGAGUUAUAAUGUGAUACGGCUGGAUUGGAUGGCCCAAUGACCCUUUUUCUCCGAUUCAAUUCACAUUGGACACUACCAUCCCGUCCAGCAUCCGAUCCCCUCCCCAGAACACAAGUAAUAGUUUCAUGGACAAUGUACUCCGCAUUUCCAUCGGACAGGCAGGCUUCUCUUCUUCAGACUUCAAUGGCAAGAGUAUAAAAUCUCAAAACGUUGGCCAGAGCACUGGACCCUAAGCAAAAUGUUCGGAUACUUUUCUUUACUACGCACAACUACUCAUGUCCAAAGUCUGCAAUUGUGUUCACUAAGAAAGGUCCAGGCGUGGUACUGCCCGAGAGAGUGAAAAAUGGCAUGAUUCACAUUAUGUGGUAAAAUUAAAGCGGUUCUAUCUUGAAUCCCAAUAAAUCAUUGGACAGAUACGUCCCUACUCUGCUUUCUAUUAUGCCAGCCUAGUUUUAUACCAUAUGUAGCUGUACUACUAGUACAUACGUACAUACAAACGCUAAACAUUUGCCAUGUUUGGUGUCUUGUCCAGUUUCUGACUUGAUGGUACAUAUUCGUCGUCGUCGUCGUUGUCGAGGCUUAUUUCAUGUGCAGAAAGAGACCAUGUGUUUGCCCGCAGAUAUGGGAUCGGUUUCCCAUUGUGAUAACCAUCUCAUGAAUCCUUCUGCUUGAAGAACAAUAUCCGUAGUGCAUACACUUUAGUCUACUUUCUCGACUUGUGUUUCUCCAAGAUGUGCUCUAUCGUGAAGCAUAAGAAUAACUUUUAUUAUGGUCGUUUCGUGCCGCUCUCUCUCUUCUUUGCCUGCCGGAACGAAUGGACGUUGAGAAGGGAACAGACAAUGGGCAGAGAGAUGCUCAAUUCACUGAAUGAUAUCUCCACUUGUUUGACAACUGGGCCAUUCAAUCGGUCGUUAUUUGACACAUUCAACUAGAUAUGAAGUUGACUCUCUGCGAAUCAUUUCUCUACUACUUUUAUCGAACCACCCCACAUGCACAGUCCGAAAUUUUGCGAUGCAAUUGCAAAUACCGGUUUAUCGUCGAAAUGCGAACGUGAGGUUGUUAAAUGGAAUUGAAGAAAUCGAUUAUUACAUAGGAUUCGUCAGGACAAGAAUGGCGGAGCGUGGUGUCCAAGACCGGGGAUUGAGAAGGGCGUUAAAGAGUAUUUGGAAAUAGAUUUCGUCAGGGAACAUCGCAUCACUCAGACGGAGACUCAAGGGCGCUAUGGAAGCGGAAUGGGUGUGGAGUAUGCAGAAAAUUUUCAGCUGGAAUACUGGCGAGAUGCGUUGGGCAAAUGGGUCCCAUAUAAAGAUCACAUUGGCCGCACGAUUCUCAAAGGCAACGUUAACACGUAUACUGAAAACCAGCAACAACUGAAUCCUCCGAUCAUUGCCAGCAAAGUGAGAUUUAUCCCGUAUUCACUUCACAUUAGAACCGUCUGUAUGCGAGUUGAAGUCUACGGCUGCAAUUUUACAGAUGGAAUAGUACAUUACGAAGCUCCUCAGGGAUAUUACAAGGCAAACCCCGAGCUGGAUUUUCGGGACGCAUCUUAUGACGGAGAAGAGGAUGAGAGUGGCACACUUCGAUCCGGUCUUGGAAUUCUCACCGACAUGAUCUAUGGCUCUGUGGAUUUUAUUCGCAAUCACAAAGGGUGGAUCGGAUGGGAACGACGAGACAACGAGUCCACUCUGGUCGAGAUUGGUUUCCAGUUCGAUUACCUGAGAAAGUUCGAGUCGGUGUCCAUUCACGUGAAUAAUUUCGUAUCUCAAGGAGCACAGGUGUUCUCCAGUGUAAAAAUACACUUCAGCCUGGAUGGGAAGACGUUUUCUCCGCACACAGUUUCCUUCUGUCCCAAGAAAGAUUUGAAGAACGACACUGUGAUUUUGGUCCAAAUUCCCCUGUUCGGCCGGCUAGGUCGUUCCAUCCGGAUGGAAUAUGCUUAUUCGAACGAGUGGUUACUCCUUUCCGAAAUUCGCUUUCGCUCAGACAUUUUUACUGGAGAUCUAAAAUCGGUUGACAAAAUGAAGUCCAACUGGAAUGGAACCGGAUAUGCUCCGUCCACCACCUACCAUCACGAGUGUCCCGAACACAACCAGAAAAACAAAUUAGUUACGGCAGAGCAGUCAACAGCAGCAAUGAUUGGUUUGAUUGUGGGUUGUGUCUUUGUAUGUCUUUUACUCUCGGGAGUUUCUGUUGCUUGUUUUGUGAUGCGAAAAAAUCGUCGAAACACAAAGUUGGUUGGAGUGAUCGAAAUGACUCCAAAGUCCAUGUCUCAUGUCCACGCAUUAGGACUCAGCGGAUAUCCCAGCAACGAUCAACUAUCCACAGCAACAAACGUGACCAAACCUUUGAACAAGAGGCCAUCCGCAGGUGGUGGUGGUGGCUCAUCAGUCACAUUGAACGGUGGAAAUAAACUGGGCAAAAUCGCCCUUUGUGACAUGAACCCUGUGUCAGGUGACAGUGAUGACGAGUCCCUUUACCAUGAACUCGUCUUUGGGCGAAAUGGACCAAGUGUUAUGGGGAAAAGUGGUGGGGGCGGUGGGGUCAUGACCAAUAAUAGGAAAAACAGCAGUUGUAGUGGAGGACUCGUUAGUUAUAAUACCUCCUUAGCUGUUGCAAACAAUGGGAGCAGUGUCGGCUCGAGCUGCACCAGCACAACUAAAACUGAGUCUGAUUCUGGAUAUGGGUCAUCAUCGCAACAACUCGUGAGAAAGCAUUGCGGACUUGGAACAAGAAAAACAAAGUAUCAGAAAGUCAAUCAUGGGGCAGAUUUUACGGAUGUGAUGGCAUUGCGAGGAAUGGAAGAAGAGAUGACGUACUAUCACACUCAUAACCAGAAUCUUGGCCAAUUCCAGCCAUCGUCUCCUUCCACCCCGUCGGCUGGACUUAGGUCAAGCAAGCUUCCACUGCUUGGUCAAUCUCUUGGAUCAAUUCCAUUUUCUUCCAUGUCACAAAGUGUUCACGGUCCCCCUUCUUCACCUCAGACAUUUCACAUUCCCUUCAACAUGUCUCAACACCCGCACCCACCUCCAAUCCAAUUUUCCAGUAACCACAAUCCCAUUAUUUCCCACAACAAUAGCCACCUCAAUACUCUGGGAAACAAGUCCAUGUCCUCCAUAAUCCACGGAAGCAACAACAAUGGGUACAUGAACACGAUGGGCAGUAGAGAAAGGUCAACAAAUGGGUUCUUCAACAAUAGUCCUCGAGUAAACAAUAGGAGAACCUCAUCAAACAACAACAACAAUCAGCACAACCACCCAUCCGCGGGGGUAAACACGAUCUCAGCCGCGCUGUCCGCGCACAAUAAUGUCAACGGUGGUGGUGGCGCGGGUGGUGGUGGGACGCUGAUGACACUGAAUGCUGGCAGCAGCUCUGGGAAUAGCAACGUAAAUACGCAACUGCUCCUCCCAUCCUCCAAUUCCUUUGGAGUGUCGCUGAUGAAGAGUUCCGGCUUGUCGACUAACCCAGCUUCUAAUAAUCAUCAUCAUCUCGUCGGUCCUUUGGGCAUUUGUGGCGGAGAAAGUAAUUACUAUGCUGCUACUGACAUUUUCCAAGUUCCCGACAAACACUUUGAUCGCUUUUAGGCUAGACGACGACGAGAGAGCGAGUGAGUGCAGGGAUAUGCACUUUCUUCUUCUUCGUGUGCUUGAUGCCAGAAGAGUAUGUAAGUUGAUGACUUGAGCUAACUUGACGUUAAGUGGGGUGGAAGCCAAAAGGAUUUUCUUCGCCCUAACUUGCUCCCUUAUGCUUCCUUACCCACCAUCUUCUUCCAACCAGGAACAUCAACAGUAUUCAUAAUUGCUUAAAUUGAUGGGAAUAAAAGAUAUUCUCAUAUCCCAAACUUAUUAAAACUCUUUUCUCGGCAAAAUCAUCAAACCGAUCAAAAUCUAUUCGCAAUAAUUGCUAAAGCGUUAUACGAGUUUUAAUAAUCCAAGAUGAAUUCCAUGAACUGAACAUUCCUUGAUCAUAUAUAGUCGACUGCUCUAGAUAUUGUACACUUAUUAUUGCACAUACUAUAUGUCUAUAUACCCAGAUAGGUCAUUAACUACAUGUAAAGUCGCUCUCGUCGAUUAUCCAAUUUUCUCACUCGAAUAUGUGUACAUAUUUAUUAUAUGGAGUAUGUAGAAUAUGACUCUUACGUUAAUAAAUGAAGAACAACCCGACCUCAACAACGACGCGUGUAAAUAAUGAUCGACAAGUCAUAAUAUACUUUUUAUAUUCAAAGUUUGGUCAUAAAUUAAGAAUAUCCCACGAGUAAGUAUGCAUUUUGUAUGUGUAUGUGUGGUACGGUUUACUGCCAAACUCUGCCUGGAUGAAUCAGGGUUCUUCUUAGAUGGAAAUCAUACACUCAAUUUCACUCUUGUCGUGUAUAUUUGUCUCACAAUUUUCCUCUUUCCAUUCUCAUUUAGUCCGUUUGUAUUUAAAAGUAAAAAAAAAACUAAAUAUAUACAAGGAUUGUUAGGAUAAUCAAGCGUACCCCCAGUUUUGUACACAUAUGUAGCUAUCAUCGUAUGUGAACUAAUGUGACAUCGUAAAUCGACCAUAUCUUACCUGUUUAUUGUCAAAAUGUGCGUUUAAAAUUACAUUCCAAAGUCUAGUGAAUUGUAACUAAUUCUACUAUUAAUUAUAUAAUUGCUUAAUUUCAAAAUUUUAAUUAGAUAAUAACAUAAUAAAUGGAUAAUUAAGAUAAAUCAGGCUCUCCAUGUCUACCCAUAAGUAUAAAGAUAAAGUACUUAUAAAUCCGUAUGUCGUUAUUCGUGUCCAACUUAUGAAUCAUAAAUAAACGAUUUUUAUCCAGUAAA